CAAUCUCGUGAGUCCAGACACUCACAACUCACGAGUCACCACCACUUCCCCGCUAUCGGCAGGCAAGGGGCAUCUUCGCCUCACGCGGUUCUGCCUCGGUUAUUCCACGGCAUCGCCGAACGCCAUCGGGUUCUAGCUCUUCCAUCCCUCGUGCCUUACGACCACUCCGGCUCCUAGUGGAUUGUCUCCUGACUGCCGUCGGCGUGCUGUUGCGCCAACUACUCGGCUUGUAGAGUGCUUCCUUCCAACUCUCCGCCCUUCUUCACGCCACCCCUCAGUCUACCACGCAUUCUUAGCUGCCCGGACUCUCAGGUCCAUCAUAGCUAUAAUGGCUCACACGCCGAUGUCACCUUACCAGAGCAGCUGCGUGUGCGUCUUGUUUCUGCUCUUCCCCGCCGCGUUAGUCGCACGAGCCGCGUCCGCCGACGUGGUGCCGCUGGAGGGGAGGCGGUACGUGCGCGUGGGCGCGACGGACCCGAAGUUUAACUACGGGUGGAACCCAAAGGUCAACUUCACGGCGUGGGCCGAAGACCCCGCGAAUCGCGUCUACGAAGGCGACGUGCUUGUGUUCUACUACCCCACGGGCGCGGACGAGGUGUAUCGCUUUUCCAGCCUCGCCGACAUGCAGCGCUGCGCGUACCCCAAGGCCACGCGCGUGUGCCGCGACGUGGACGGCGCUGCGGGCUGCAAGGUGCUGGCGUCGGCCGGCACGGCGCUGUACGCGUCGGGCAUGGCGGCGCGCUGCAACACGAGCAUGCAGGUGGCGGUGGAGGUGGCGGUGGCGAGCGGGCCGCGCGACAUCGUGGUGGGGUACCCGACGGGCGACUUCAGCUGGCCGUGGAACCCCGCCGUCAACUACACGGACUGGCUGCUUAACAACACGCUCUACUCCGGCGAUGUCCUCUACUUCAAGUACGCGGCGCACAUGGACGAGGUGUACAUCGUGCCGACGCAGGCGGACUACGACGCGUGCAAGUACGACCGAUACACGGCGUACUGCAACGCCACGGACGGCGUGGGCGAGGGGUGCUUCAGCAACCCGCUGGACAACUCCACCACCUUCUUCCUCUCCGGCGUCUACAGCCACUGCACCGCAAGCCAGAAGCUCGCCACCGUCGCUCUUGAUGGGCCUCCCGGCGCUUAACGCCAUGGGCAUCCAACGCACUGUGUAACUUAACCGUCGCCGCCGCCGUCGCUCUCGAAUUAGCUCCUGGCCAUGCCGCGGCUGGCUUGGCAUAGCUUGGGGUAAUUAGGCUAGUGUGGGAGAUCCAGACUCAGAGAGGUCGACACAGGGUCGACUGAGCAGAAUACAGGUCCUGAUAAGGAACAAGUUGGCUCCUGCCGUCGGAGAGAUGAAACCUGGCUGUGAAUUCUCUUUUAAAUAGAAAUGAUCGCUUGAC